ACUUCGACAUUAAUGAAAUUCUGGACAUGGUGGCCCUUAAUGGGCCGGACCACAUUGAGCCUGGAGAGGGCCCGCUGCAGAAUAACAACAGGAUAAUCGAACAGGAUGGACUCAAUGACCUUUUGGAAUUUUUCUGCACGGGGGUACUUUGGACUACGCUGAUGCACCCGUUCCAUCAUGCCGGUGUAUUGAUGCAACUGGGCUUUGAACCUUUUCCUGAGCGAUGGAUUCUUCGCCCUCUUUCGGGGUCUCAAGGCGAGCAUCGCGGGAAAUUUUACUUCCUACCUGAUGGAGGCAGCUAUGGCGGCGAUGGGUCUGGAAACUCGCAAACUCACCCAUACGACUGGGACUUCUGUGAAGGAUGUGUCAUGGAACUUGCUAGUCAGAAGCAUCCGCUUGACCUUGAAUCUGUUCGUCACGCAGCCGUUUACUGUAGUCUUGACUCGCCAGAUCGCCCAGUUUAUAGGUUGCGAAAAAGUCUACAAAACUAUGGGCCAAACCAUCUUCAAGAUAUUCACCGAAGAAGGCGUGGCCGGUUUCUACGCCGGCUUUGUGCCCCGCCUGCUGCGCAAUAUAGGCAUCAUGGCAGUCACCACUGUCGCGACGGCUCUCUUCUUCCACUAUGGGCCGCAACACAGCACCAUUCAGGUACUCAACGAGGUAAUAGUCAAUAUUUCGUCCUCGUACGCUCUGCACCCGUUGUCAGUGGUGGGCACCUGUAUGGAUGUUCAAGGGUCCCCCUUGGCUGCUGCAAUGCCGUCUCAAAUGCCGCACUAUGAACACUGGACUAAGUGCUUCUAUGAUAUAUAUUAAGGUAGUGGAUUCUACCACCGUGGGGGCGUUCUUUUCUGGCGUACGGUGCCUGUCAAGGGGCUGCAUGACUUGAUGGGACGCCCGAAAUAAGCACAGAGUUGGCUCAGCCCUUUUUUUCCAGCUAUUUGUUGAACAAAAUAAACAAGAAUUGUCUACUUCAAUUGAUUCUUUGUUACAAUGAUAUUUUCCAUAGAUCCUGUAACUUUUCACACUCCCUUGAUAGCUAAAGGUGGUAUUUCAUUUGACAGGUGCAACAGCGGAUCACUGCUAGCCUUCACGGUAUAUUUAUACCAUCGCCAUGGAAUCGUAAGAGACGAAUAAUAGGAGUACCCGUUUGGUUGCCUGCCAUAGCAACUGAGAUUAUUGUGUAUGCUAUUACUAUUAAUAUUGUCAUACCACUAGUCAGACGAAAACAAUUCAUAGGACGGGACCAUGGCCCGAUACCUAUCGAGGACCGUUCUCUUGGGGGCCCAGUGGAUUGGCAAGGCGUUUGUAUCGAUCAGGAGAUCAAGAAGUGGGAGGCCCAGACCGUAUCGCAGGCCCAGUCAGGACAUGCAUAAAUGAUUGGGGGUCUACUCUUGUUAUGUCAAUUCUGCUUGUUUUGAACAACGUGGGCAAAUUCUAAGCCUCGCACUAAGAAACGAUUCACAAAAGCUUUCCUUUCGCCCAUGUAUUUCCCUAAUGUGAAUUGCUAAGCCCGGUGCUAACAGAACACGUUGUCAAAAAAUUUGAUUGCUGUAGUAGGCCAUGCUCGGUUCAAAACCAGUCGUAGUACAAGUAAAAGUAUACGAGCUAUUGAAAAAAUCAAACAAUUCAGUAUCGUUUCGGGCUCCAUAGGGGCAACAUCUCCUAAAAAAACUUAGUUUCGGUUAUAAAAAUAACAAAAUUUUUGUGUUAAAAAUAAAAUUUUUUUGUUGAAACGCAGAGAGAGCUUGUCGAAAAGUUCAAUAUUUUUUAAUAAAUUGUCAUCGGAUGUGCUUGUGUAUGAAUACUUGUUGUUUUGUCGCUGCACCACUAAAAUAACAGCCGGUUUCGAAGACGCGCUGAUUAGAAGUUGUUGCUCUUUUUGCGAAGUUAUCAAUGGAAUGCGGCAAAUAGGUUUUGGCUCAAUGUGUGCAUAUAGUGCCCGUUCACAUGACAAUGCAAGCUCGGUAAUGCAGUAGUAUUUUGAUUCUGCAA